CUCCGCGCUUCCUCCUCUUCCACUUUCGCUUCCGCCGGAGCGCGGGUUGCUGCCGCCGCUCGAGAAUGGACAACCCGGACUGCGAUUCGACCUGGGAGGAGGACGAGGAGGAGGAUGGCGAGGGCCCGAGCGCCGGGGACGACGAGGAUGGCGAGGCCGACGCCCCGGGGGACGCAGACGCGGAGGACGAGGACAAGGAGGAGGCGCGGCCCAGCGCGCUGCAGUCCAGGACGGCAGGAUCCCGAAACUGGAGAGCCAUGCGGGACACGCGCAGGUACCGGCACCACUACCCGGGUUUGGUGGAACGAGACAGCAACGGGGACAUGCCCAACCUGAGCUUCUACAGAAACGAGAUCCGGUUCCUGCCUAACGGCUGUUUCAUCGAGGAAAUUCUUCAGAACUGGAGGGACGACUACGACCUCCUGGAGGACAAUCAUUCCUACAUCCAGUGGCUCUUUCCUCUUCGGGAGCCAGGAGUGAACUGGCACGCCAAGCCCCUCACGAAGCGGGAGGUGGAGGCUUUUAAAAGCUGCAGGGAGGCCGGAGAGCGGUUGGUCCAGGCCUACGAGCUCAUGCUGGGGUUCUACGGGAUCCAGCUUGACGACCGAGACACGGGCAAGGUGUGCCGGGCACAGAACUACGCGGAGCGCUUUCAGAACCUCAACUGCCACAGCCAUAACAACCUCCGCAUCACGCGCAUCCUCAAGGCGCUGGGCGAGCUGGGCCUGGAGCGCUACCAGGCGCCGCUGGUGCGCUUCUUCCUGGAGGAGACGCUGGUGCACCGCGCGCUGCCCGGCGUGCGGCAGAGCGCCCUGGACUACUUCGUGUUCACCGUGCGCUGCCGGCGCCAGCGCCGCGCGCUGCUGCGCUUCGCCUGGGAGCAUUUCCGGCCCCGCCGCAAGUUCGUGUGGGGCCCUCACGACAAGCUGCGGAGGCUCCGGCUGCACGUCCCGGGGCCCUGCCCGCCCCUGCCGGCCGGCCCUGGGCAGGCCGAGGGGGAGGAGAGCCCCCAGGACCCCCUGGGGGCCGGUGCCCAGGGGCUGACCCGCCGACUGGGGACAGAGGGGGGCGGGGACAGUGUGGCCGCGGGUCCCCAGCCGCCUAGCACAGAGCCCCAGGAGGCGGGAGCCCUGGAGAGGGACCAGGGAGAGGACGCCCGGAACCAAGGGGAGGAGGGGCCAGAGCCUUCCAGCCCCAAGGAGAGCAAGAAGAGGAAGUUGGAGGUGAACCGGGGGGAGCAGGCCCCAGGGGACCCGGGCCCCCAGAGCCCCUCGGACGUGGAGAAAAUCGCCCUGAACCUAGAGGGCUGUGCGCUCAGCCAGGGCAGCCUCAGUGGUGCCGGCAGCCAGGAGGUGGGCGGCCAGGAACAGGGGGAGGCUGAGCCUCCUUGUCCCCCACCCUCAGGGGCCAAGGCGGCGGACGAGGUGAGGAAGAGAAGGAAGGUGGACCAGGGCCCCGGGGACAGUGCAGUGGCGGCCGCGGGUGGCGGUGACCAGACGCCAGCCCCAACCUGCCCCCCUACCUGCUCAGGGUGCCCAGAGGCUGGAGUGGGGGCAAAUGGGGUCAAGGAGAAGGCAGAGGGCCAGGGGGAGCAGGAGCAGGGGUCCCCCGGGAGCCCAGCCGCUGCAGGACGCUCAUUGGACGAGAGGGCGGAGUCUGCGGAAGCCGGGCCAGCCGCCGAACCCCCAGCGCCUUAGGCACUGGGACCUGGCCUGCAUUUCGUCCCGGCCCGUGGGGGUCGAGGAGCCACGUUGCCAGCUGUUGGCAGCAUCCAGCAGUGCUGGCCUCUCUGGUGGUCACCGCAGUGGCUGCUGCCUGGGGGAAGGCCAGGGACUCCAGAAUCCUCACCUGGACCUCAUUUCCCGACUCCCUCCUCCGUGCCACUGCCCCCACCUUUGUAAAUUAGCCUGGGGCCUGGGGGUGGGAGUGGGGGCUCUUUCUUAGCCUGGCGCAAGGCCUUUUCUGAAUAAACACAUUUGACUUUGA